AUGUGCACGUGCGACGGCGUCGCUGGGGGUGAUGGAAAGCUCAAGAAAAGGGAAGAGGAGUCACCGCAAGAUUCUUUUCCAAUCCGGGCGGUCAGAGUGAUGCCCGCAUCCAGUCUCCCCGCCGACAAUUUCACCAGCCUCGCACCUGCACCAAUAGUGCCCGUCCCCACUCUGGCCUCCCCCACUCCCGAGAGCACUGCGGCGCACAACACACCCAGCCUGGUCCGCUGCACCCUGGGCGGUAGGAAACAACAGAGGCUUGGAGCACCAGGGGCAACCGGAGAUCCGGAGCAGAGCCCAGGAGGACCACAGACAACGAUCACCAGGUGA